AUGGCCGAGUCUCAGCUUCUGUGCAUGGACGAAGAUCAUGUCAACGAAAAGAUACCCGAAUCCAAAGCAGAGUUCUACUACUGCGAGGAGCAGCGAGCCGCGCUCGAGCAACUAUUGAAGAACGGUGAUGGCGCGUUCAAGAUGCGACUGAAAGAGGACAACGUCAGAGACUUUCUAUCCGCCCGCGAGAUUAAAUGGAUUCGAAAAACUUUUGAUGAAUAUGAUUCGGAUAGUGAGUCCGAGAAGGGCGAAUACGAAAAGGCUCAGGACUCCAAUGCAGACUCGGGGGUCCACUCCACAUACUGGCCUCAGAUGUCGGACACGGAUGUACCGCCGCUUGACAUCGGCUGGCCAGGCAGCACUAGUUUUUAUAAAGGUGUUACGCGAGUAUCCGUGCACACGCACCCACCCAAAAACAAGGGGCCCCAUAUAAAAGAGGUUGUCAGGAGACUCAUUCAAGAAUCUAACAAGGUAGUAGCUGUGGUCAUGGACCACCUUACAGACCUGCAGAUCCUUCAGGACCUAUUGGACGCAGCACAGAGACGAGUGGUGGCUGUGUACAUCAUACUGGAGGCUCGUGGUAUGCCCCACUUCCUGGAUAUGUGCACUCGUUUACAGAUCACUGCUCUGCAUCUACGGAACCUGCGUGUGCGAACGGUGAAAGGUUCUGGGCUGGCCCUGUCAUUUGGCAGGCUGCCCGGCUCUCUGUGCUCCAAAUACAUGCUGGUGGACGGAGAAAAGGUUAUGUUUGGCUCUUACAGCUUCACAUGGAGCUCCUCUAGGAUGGACAGGAACACCAUCACAGUAAUGUCUGGGCAGGUGGUGGACUUCUUCGACAAUGACUUCAGGGAAAUGUAUGCUGUAUCUGAGAAUGUGGACCUUUACAAGGAGUUCCACAUUACCAAGCCUCCCAUGCCUGCGCCGGUACGGAAGGUGGUGGUCCCCAAGCCCCUGUUGAUGUCCACCUCCCGUUUCCAGGUGUCUCUAGGGGACUCUCGGGGGCAGGCUGACCAGAGGGUGCCUGCACAUAAAUACCACAACCCUAAGUAUUCUCUGGUGGUGGGGAACAGUCUCGGGCUCACUGGGUCCUUACAGGACCUCUCCACACUCAGAGACUCACUGGGCGGUGGACUCGAACGGAACGGACUGUCGACGCUACUCCAUGCCAAAGGGGGCAGUAGUGUGGAACUGGACAAGGUCACUGCGAAGACCCCCAGUUCUCCUGUGGAGGAUGAGGAGGAUGGGAAGGGAGGUUCGCAGAAGCGCCAGGCCUUAGGUGGAAAGAAACAACGCAGUUCUUUCAGGCUCUUCCUGAAAGGCAGAGGAUCCAAUCACAACAGUGAGACUAUAGAGGAGGAUGGGGCCACUCCUUCAAACCCCUCUUCCACUCCUUCAAACCCCUCCCCUAGCCGCCCAACUCCCUCCCCUACCCACCCAACCCCCUCCCUUACCCACCGAACCCCCUCCCCUACACGCCCAAACCCCUCCCCUACCCACCCAACCCCCUCCCUUACCCACCCAACCCCCUCCCCUCGCAACCCAAACCCCUCCCCUACCCACUCAACACCCUCCCCUACCCACUCACUACCCUCCCCUACCCGCCCAAACCCCUCCCCGACCCGCCAAAACCCCUCCUCUACCCGCAAAGUCUCAGAGCCGAAUAGCACUGCCACUGAGGACUCAUUUGAGAUUGUAGAGAAACCGUCCCUGUUGAAAUUUAAGAACAAAAAGCCUUCAAAACUGCCUCAAAGAAGUAUGUCUCUAAUGACCCUCAACAAAGGAGAGGAUGACGGAAAGGGACACCAGAAGCCUUCCAAGAGGAACUGCAUUCAGUCCUGA